AUGGUUCGAACUAAAAACUCUACCUCAGAGAAAAGCAAGCCCAUAGUUCCUAACCCUCAAGGAUCAUGAACACCAAUGGAUAACUAUCUUGAGUCUGCCCAGGAAAAUAUUGAAUUAGACCAUGGCUACUUUAUUCGGAAAAUCAAUGAUGAAAGCCUCGACCACGAUGAAUAUGAACUAGUUCUUUUAACAUGGGGACGUAUCAAGGCCUCAUAUUGAACUGAAGAUGAGGAAGAAGAUGUCAAACAACCUAAGCCUACCAAAAAACGGAAAAAAAAAUGAAAUGAAUGAAGUGAUUUCCGAACCUCAGAAAAAGGCCAUCAAUUAUUUUGUUCAAAGUGAUCGCUAUUUCAAGUUUGAAUUCGACAAUCAUGUAUUUCCAUCAAAUCAUAUUAG